AGUUCAGAACCAACAACAAUACCACCCACGAGAUCAACUUCAUCAUCAAACAUGCCUGCAAGCGAAGCUACAUAUGCUUUUCGCAAGCACACGCCGCGCACUGUCGUCGACAUACCUACGUUCAAGGAUUAUCUGAUUCAAGAACGCAAGGACAUCGUCAACCCGCUUCGAGACGGUAAAAACGAUUCUGGUUCCAGUGAAGAUUCAGACGAGUUCGAGAAGGCCAAAACUGCGCAAUGCAAUCGCCUCGAAGCUCUUCUGGAAAUGCUCAAGUACUCGCAAGUGAACAAAGAUUUACUCGAGAAGGAAGCGGCGCUUGCAGAUACUCUCGACAUCAUCUGCACUGCUCCAGCUUUCAGCAGCUACCAGAAGGCUGCCCAAGAGCUGAAGACCCGCUUUGCGAAGUCAAACCACGGCGCCGGGGAGCCUGUCUCUAUCAUUCCCCACUCUGGGAAGGAGAAGCCAUUAAAAUAUGGCCACAAUGGCUUCACGCCUGGUGAUACUUGGAGCCUCCAGCCAGAUGUCGUCAAGGCCGGCGUACACGGUGCACAGGUCGGCAUCUACGGGCAUCCGCUAUCUGGAGUCAGGUCUCUCUCACUCAGAAAUGGCGAGAACACCGGAACCAGUCUGAACAAGGACGAAGGUAUCAAGGUCCUGUACGGAACUCGCGGAGGUGCCGACGAAGAAGAAAAGGACACUUUGCCUGCCCCAAAUCGUGAGACUUUCUCACUGUACGCUUCAAUUCGUACCAGAAUUCCUGUCCGCGUGUUACGCUUUGCUCCCUCGCUCGGUCCUGGACAGAAAGCACCGCCAGCCGGUCUUGGUCCGGAAGUAGGUUGGCGAUAUGAUGGGCUGUACAGGGUCACUAGAGUUCAGGAGGCCACGAACGAGAAGAGGGGAAAGUUCGAGAAAUUCACCCUUGAGCGAUCGCCACUCGACGAUAAUAAGGGCGUGUCAUUUGCCGAUUGUCGUGGCGUCGAGAGCUCCGAUGGAGAGAAAGUCGAGUCUGACAAAGAGGUUGCUGACGCCAAGGCUGAGCGCGCGCCGCAUGGAUGCGACUACUAGCAGGAUGACGGUGGAUAUGGCAAUGCUCAGGGCAAGAUCGGUCAGGUUUGUGGUGACGCGAUGGAGCACAUGGCAGAUCAGGAGGUUGAGAAGAAUCUCAAAGAGGCUGACAGGUCAGAUCAUUCUGAGCGUGAUGGAAUAUCACAUUGCUGAGAGCACUUCUCCAAUGGUUGAAGCAUGCUCAUGAGAGCGCAAAUAGCUCAUCAAGGCGGAAAAGGC